AUGUUCACCCGGUCGCCCGAAGAUGGCGGGGAUGAACACCUAUAUGCAGUUGACUUCAGGAUGUAUACCCUAGGCUUUCUUAGCCGCGUAUCUGCGCUCUUGGGGACGGCAUGUGGCGACUUUGACCUCACGACAUCAGACAGUACUUACACGAUCGACAACAACGGUGGACUAGUAUUCGAGGUUAACCGGUAUAGGAGAUGA